AUGAAGCCAUUAUUACAAGGAGAUACGAUCACCAACAAUAGCUGUUCUUGCACGUCGUGUAUUUCAAAGAGUGCAUCUAAUGGUCAAACCUUGAGACGAUUACUGCAGGAAGGAUCUAGAAUCAAUAAAUUAAUUAAUGGUAAAAAUUAUGUACGUAUAAAAGACAGUAAAUUAUUGGAUGAAUUCCUUAAAACCAGAGCAUUAUAUGAAGCUCUGAGGAGUCAGUUGCUCUCUAGUAGUUUAAGUGUAAGUAGCAAAGCACACUUGCCGCCAACGCAAUCAACUUCAGCACACCAAGAUCCGGACAAAAAUGUGGAUACGGAUAAUCUUUUGGCUUUGGUUGACUUAGUAGAUAAAGGAGCUGUUUUGAAAUCACGAAAGUUAAGUGAGUGCUGCAGUUGUUGUGCAUGUAAUUCAAAAACCAGACUACCAGAAAAUGCCCAAAAAGUACGAAGGAAUAGACAAGCCCACAUUGGUGUACACAUCACUUCAAGAUCUAGUCUUGCUUCAAAGCAAGAAAAUAGUGAUGCUAAGAAUAUUAAGUCCGACUCUUGUACGUGUGCAUGCAAAGAUUACGAACAAACGAAUUUAGUUUCUAGAGAAAAAUUUAAUAAAAUCCAUCUUGAACCACCAAUUAUUAAACCUGAGCGUCUCACAGGCUUAAAUAAAUCUAAGUUGAAAUCAAUGAACGAUGGAAAGAUGAAAUCAUAUCAUAAACUUAAGCGCUCUAAAGCGAAUCCUAAUACUUAUAACGAAAAUAUCGGUGAAAGUAAUAAGAUAAGAAAAUCAAAACAAAAAUCUCGAGAUGACAUGAAAAACUUGGAUCUGCUCGAUCUAGCUCAGAAAAUAAUAAAAGAUAGUUUUAUCGCCGAGCAAAAAGCUAAACAGAAACAUACACCUGAGAAAAAUCCUGUGGCUGCAAUUACUGCAGGAAGUAGUCGUAAUGAUAAGAAUCCAGUUAAAGAUAGCAAUGGUAGUCUUGAAAUAAACAAAUCGCCAUUAUUCCAAAUCACUGAGCAUAGAAUUAAGAAGAUCUCUAAAAGUAGAAACAAGACAAAAGACCCAUCUAACACUUCAGCAACACAUAGGAAGGAUAAAAACAAACCAGAACCAGAAGCUACCGUCAGUGAGCAACAAAAAAAUCUGUCCCAAAAACGCAGUAAAAACAACUUUUUAUAUGACACCCAAGUCGAUGAUAAGAAUCUAGUUAAAGAUAAGAAUGGUAGUCGGGAAAUAAACAAAUCGCCAAUAAUCCAAAGCACUGCGCAUAGAACGAAGAAAAUCCCUAAAAGUAGAAACAAAACAAAAGACCCAUCAAGCAUCUCAUCAACAUAUAUAAGGAAGGAUAAAAACAAUCCAGAACCAGAAGCUACCAUCAGUGAGCAACAAAAAAAUCUGUCCCAAAAACACAGUAAGAACAACUUAUUAUAUGUCGAUGACAAAAAGAAAAAGCGUAAAGGACAUCGUAUUGUACAAGAAACAAGUGAAACGAAAAAGGCUCCAUCACAUAAGAAAAUAUCCUUUAAAUCAGUAACGACGUUGCUAUCACCUGCAGAUGUAUCAGGUAAACCGGAAAAACAGUUUACAUUCAGUAGCAGUCAAGCAAAAGAAAUCAAAACUAAUGCAAUUAGAUCCCCUUCCAAGAUUUCAAAAUCAAUAUCUACAAGCUCGAUAAAAAAAAGUUAUUCGCCUUGUAAUAAAAAUUCCCAACCCCGGCAAACACUGUCUAACAAAUCAUCUUUGAAUUCAUUGUCUAAAGAAAACAAAAUAAAAGUGGUAUCGCCGGUUUCGUUUCAUAGACAGCUCAAGCUGCUAUCAGCACCUAUACGCUAUGGCAAGUCCGCAGUGCCCAAGGAUCCUCCAAAAAUACAGCAAACUGAUGAUCACAGGAAGACUUUGAAACGCGUGAAAUCGCCUCCGCGUGAUGUAUCCCAUGAUCCGGAGAGAUCCGUGCAGCCUAAGACCUCCCGCCACCGGGAGAAAUCCCCUUCGUGUGAGGUGUUCUGCCAACGUGAGAAAUCUUCUCAGCGUAAGAAAUUCCGCCAAGGCAAAGGAUCUAGUCAGCGGAAGAAAUCCCGUCAACCUGAAGAGUCUCAAAAGCUUGAUGAGCCCAAGAGGUCUCCUACACGUCUAGAACAAGUCAAGCCCACCCAACUUGAGAAAUCUCGUCCUGGUCGAAAACCCAAACAGCGAGAAGUAAUUUGUAAGUGUGAAAAACCUGGGACUCAUGUACAAUCCCCUCAACAAAAAGAAUCUCGAUUAAGUGAUAAAUCUAUUUCUCGCAAGAAAUCUGUUCUACGUCGGCCACCCCGUUUACCUUGGGGUUCUCGCUUUUCUGAUCGUAUGCUACCUAGUCACUAUAAGAAACACCAAGUUAAACAAAAACAAAUAAUGAAAAACAUACAGGCCGGUGGCCACGCCCUUAAACGGUGUCUUUGUAGUCUGAAGAUUAAAGUAAAAAAAACGAAAUCUAGAAUUAAUGAAAAUGACAGAAAAGAGAUACCUAAAACGAAAAUAUCACAGAGCAUUCACUCAAAGGAUUCACUUUCCUCUGUAAAAAGUUCUUUAAAAGCAUCUCAUUCAACCAUUCACAAAUCAGAACCCCCAUCUAUUUCCGAGUGUUCCGAUUAUGCUUCCAAAAGCAAGGGUCAAGAGAUAUUAAAUAAAAAAAUACCUGAAAACAUACAAAAAUCUGAACAUAGCUUGCAUAACAAACGUUCAAUCUUGUCUGCUCAAACUGACAGUCACUCUAAAAUAAAAAAGUCGACCCCAACAAGAAGCAAAGGUUCAGAUAUCAGUAAUAAAUCUUCUAAAAGAAAGGGCACAUCUACAUAUGAGCUUUCACAAUCAACUAAGCACACUCGUUCAAACAGUUCAAUUCAUAAAGAGGCAAAGGAAGGGUCCCCAGACAGGAGUAGUAGUAUAUCAGGCCUGAAGCAAAAAUCUGCUUUGAAAAACAGCUAUAGUAUAACCAAAGAAAAACAGCGACUUAAAAACCACGCAGCGCAAACUGCAACUGAUACUGUCAGCAAUAAACAAAAGACUAAGGUACUUCCAAGUCGAGCCACUUCCAAAGGCAUGAAAAUACUAUCAUUUGAACACCGAGCAAAAAAUUGGCACUAUACUUCAACACAUAGAUUCAGCAUUGAAUUAUUUGGGAAUGGUUAUUCCAAAAAGGGACAUAGAAAUAAUCAAAGUACCCUAAAGCCAGUUCAUACAAACAAUACCAGAACCAAAAGAAUACGUAAUAAAGGAUCGCAAAUAAGUAAUUCUACUGGAAAAGUGAGAUAUCCUAAAAGAAAUCACGGUUUACGUAGGUGUUUUUGUAGGUCGAAAUUGUUAGAAAAUAAAAAGAAACAAAAAGGAAAUUCUUCUAAAAUGAAUAUGAUCCAGCCAGAGAGUAAAGCGGAAAGUUCUCAAACGAAAUUAAAAAUUAAGACUGUUUCAAUAUCUACAGAAAGACAAAUGUAUGGCAAUGUAAUAAAGCAUGUAAUAUUACCAUAUAAAUGUGAAACUACCUUUCGUGGUCCGUUACAAUAUAAUAGUACAAAGUCUUAUAAAAUACCACACACAACCCCUAAAAGAGAAGAGCAGAAGUUAAUUAAACAUGUGAAAGCCGAAUACCGUAAACCGAAGUCUGACUAUAGUAUAACUUCUCAAUCACUGCAAUUUAAGAAGAACAAAGUCCCCUCUAUAGUUUCGCACAAAAGUGAAAUACUUAAACCCAUAUUGAAGAAAAACAAAGCGAUUUCACCUGAUAUCACGAGGCAAGAUAUAAAGUCUAGUUUUCUUAAAAGUCCGUUGCAUCGCGAUCGACAAUCUCAUUCAUAUUCGGCAGCUGAGAAAGAAAGUAAAAUAAAAAAGGAUUCACACCAACCAUACUCGAAAGACUCUGAACUAAACGAUAAUAAAACUUUGGAAUCAUUCUCUCAGGAUCGAAGUUUGUUCCUUGGUCCCACUGUUAAGCAUUGUUUAUGUAAAUUAAAGUUACGUAAGACUGGAAAAAACAAUAGACAAAGCAUUGCUGUUAAUACGGAUACAUUAUCUAACUCGGUAGCAGAUAAAAAAUACCCGGCUACUAAAUUAAAACUCUCAAACCAGUUAACACAAUCUGACUCAAAAUAUCCAAAACCUCCAUAUGAAGGCUUGCAAAAAACUAAGAAGCGUACCAAGCUAAAGAGUUUUGGAGUUGGCACAGAAAAAACUAAAAUGGUAUCAAAAUCGAGUGAAACAAGGACAGUAGGAAGCAAUAACCAUAUUAGGUCGAGUUUUAGGAUACGGAAGAUUUCAUUGCAAAAAUUCAAGAACAUGAGAAAAUAUUCCGGCUUAGCUGAUUGGUCUGCACACACCGGCGAAAUAAAUCCAAAUUGGAAUCAAAAUAUUAAAAUAAACUCAAAUCUUAGCUUUAAUAUAAAUAUUUAUGAAGACGCAGCGCCUGAUAAUAAAACUCAACAACAUAUUUCAAAUAAUAUGACCCAUGGUAUUUUGAAAAAUGACUAUGACAGUAAAAAUAUUGUGCACCGACUUAGUGAUAACUUUAAAUCCCUGCUGAAGAUCAAAAGUCCCAAAACAAGCGGAUGUUUUUGCACAUUAGAAUUGGGAAAAAAAGGUGAACAGCAUCGGGGCAGCAAACUUUUGUCACCUUUUUUGACAAAGAAUCCUAAUCAAGUUUAUAAAGUGAAUACGGUGACUAUUGCAGAAACCAAAAUAAUAGCUCCUAAAAUCUUUACACCGAAAGAUGUCGACGACUAUCGCAGUGUUAAUUCUAGUGACCAUACUAACAAUAGCAAACAAGACCUCAACCAUACCAAUCAGAGGGAAUAUUGCGAGAGAAAAUUGACUUCCGGCUUUUCAACAUCAACGUUUGCUGUUACAUCAAGAAAUAUUAAGUCAUGUAUGCGCGAAAACGAAAGUGCAACAUUGCAAGUCAACCCUAUAAAUGUAAAUUCAUUAAAAUUUUCGUCCAAAGAAAUAGUGACAAUUAAAUCCAAAUUCAGUUGUGAAUUAAACUAUGUAAAAAAUGAAUGUGUUAAGAGUGAUCGGAUUCAUAGCAAUACAUUGUACACAAAUAAUACGUUCGAGCUAAAUGACCUCGCGUCAGAAACAACAAUAGCAGAAGAUAUUAACGUAAAAAAAGAAGUCCCGAUUCAAAUUGAACACAUUGAUCGUAAUCAUCUUACUGGUGUACAACCCUUGCUGAAGAGAUGUUAUUGUACUAUGAAUAUACAAGUGGCUGGUCAACAUAAUACAAAGCGUAGACACCAUCACUCAUCAAGGCUCAAAGAUUAUGAAUGUGAGCCUGGAGUUUGCGUACCUUACGAAUGUGACCCUUACGAAUGUCAAAAAAGAAUAAUGAGGCGAUUAAUGAAAAAGGUUUCAACGAUGUCAGGUACAGAUAAUAGGUUAAGAAACAGUGCUAGUGGCACUUCUUCAAUGAGGUCAGAUUCAAGAACUAGAGGAUUACAGCCUAGUUUAGUACACAAAGAAAGGCGUCGUCGACCUGAGCCUAGACCAAUGGGCUUCAGAUACCAAACAUUACCUCGAACACAUAGACAAGCAGUCAAAUAUGGUUCUUCUUUUAAUUUUGAUAUAGAAUUCUCGAAGCGCUCUCAAUCACCUACUCCAAAGGUAAUGAAAGUGCCUAGACGCUCUAGAUCGUCUAUAACUUCCUACAGGCAUUAUAUAGAUAGAGGAACAAGAGGUUUCGGUGGGGAGAGGCGACACAGAGGAUCUCAAUCUACUCUGAGACACAUGCGUCAUCGAGGUUCUGGUGUUACCAUGCUAAGAAGGUGUUUCUGCACACUUAAAUUACAAAAAAAGGGAAGACAGCAAAGAGAAUUAGAAUUAAAAAAUAUACAUCGAGGUACUUCAACUCCCCCUAAAUAUCAAGUGGAUAAACCAAUCUUGAGAACUACUGAGACUGGUCAGAAUACGAAAGCAAGACAAAGGUACCCUGAAUUAUUGCCAUAUGAAUGUGAACCUGGGAUUUGUGUUCCUGGCGAGUGCGACCCCUAUGAAUGCUUGGAAUUAAUUAAGAGAAGAAAAGGUAAGCGUACCAGAAACUUCGGAACAGACUCAAUAGCAUCCGGAACUUCAUCUAGCUCAAGCAUGACUCCUAGUCAAAAACGAAGAGGGAGGCAGGUUCAGUCAAGGAACGUUCGAGUAAGGCCUAUUAAAUCUACGGAAGUUAUAUCGAAGCCAUCUGUCGUAUCUUUGGGAAGGCAUGUCACACCAUCAAGACAGGCAGUUAAAAUUAGUUCCAGUUUUAGCUUUAAUAUUGAAUUCUAUAAAGAUAAAACUUCCCCGGGUGAGGUUAGGGAAUCUCCGCAAAGCAAUGUAUAUAAUAAGACACCGAGAUAUGUAAGAGGAGUUCCGAAAUAUGUAAACACUCGAAGAAUGAUGCGAGAAGGUUAUUCUCAGGAUGUAAAACCCACUCGGGAUUUCUAUUCUCAAAUGGAUACACGUACACGCGGCCAAUCUACAAUGACAAGUAGAUUUCUUAAACGUUGUUUUUGUACAGCAAAAUUGCUAGGAUAUAACCAUGAGACUCGAUCAAGGCACUAUAAGUCAUAUGCUGUUUUGAAGCGUUGUUUUUGUACCCUAAAAAUGUUAUACGCUAAUAAAAGAGACUAUCAUCAACCGGAUAACGUAGGACAUGAAAGAGCUCCCCCCAUAAUUGAUAGACACGUUGUUAUGACGCAAACGCGAAGAUAUUCCCCAUAUCUUUUACCGUAUGAAUGUGAACCUGGCGUUUGUGUUCCCGGUUAUUGCGAUCCUUAUAAAUGCGAAAAGCUAAUAAGAAGAAGAAGAAUGAGAGAAAGAAUGAUUGGUACAGAAGGACCAAGAACAAGAUCAGUAUCGUCGGGUUUUGCAUCAUCUAGAACAUCCAAGGCAGGAAUGACACAAUCCAGGUCACCCUGGCCACCUGAACAUUUCAGAAGACGAGACUAUUCAGAAAGAGAAAUGGUAAUUAAAGAAAGAGUUACUGCACCAGUAUCACCACAAAGACAAGCCGUUAAAUUUGGAUCGAAUUUUAGUUUCGAUAUAGAAUUUUAUAAAGACAAGUUUCCUAAUCACCACCAAAUUCAAGCGGCUACUACUUUUCAAAGACCUCGGCCAAGGAGAAGAAGGGAUCAUGGAGUUUACCAUGGAUAUAGGACCAGAGACAUGGGUACAAGAGGUAGAGGCAUUUCAGUACAAAGUCGUGAUUCUCAAAUGUUUGCACCAAGAAGAAAAGAUAUGGGUAUAGGUCCAAUGUUGAGAAGAUGUUUUUGUACUUUACAACUAUAUAGACAAAAGCAAUCUCAGAAAAAUGAACAAUUGAAAACGAAUAUGAAAAAAUCUGACAACGACAAACAGGACCAAUCGAAGAAAGGUAAACAAAAACAACCAAAAACUAAAAAACAAAAACAAUCAAAAUCAGGUAAACAAAAACAAUCAAAAACAGAUAAACAAAAUCAAGCAAAAAAAGAUAAACAGAAAAAAUCUAAGAAAGAUUGUUUGUGUAAAAAAGAUGAGUCAGCAAAUCAAGGUACUGCAACACCCGUAUUUCGUUAUAAAUUAGAACCAUAUGAGUGUGAGCCUGGAGUUUGUGUGCCCGGUGAGUGUGAUCCAUAUGAGUGUGAAAAACGUAUUAGAAAUCGACGAAUGAAUUCAUCUGGAACAUUAACUGAACAUUAUAGAACCAGAUCGACUUCAAACAUGACAAAUUAUCGCCGUCGACAUCGAUAUAGUAACGCACAAUUUGUUCCCAAACGCAGGAAACCGAUGAGGACGCAUGAUGUCUAUUACAGAGCAAAACCUAAAUACAACAGAGUAGUUGAGAGACCUUCCAAACAAGCAGUGAAAAUUGGCUCAAAUUUUAAUAUUGACAUAGAAUUUUUCAAAGAUAAAUCACCCGCGGGUGGUUUAGUAAGGUCAAUGCCAGUAAAACAGUACACUACAUAUGACAAACACAGAAGGAGAGGGACAACUAGUAGAUCCACAGAGUGGCGAUCAACUCCUUCAAGAAAUCAUUGGGUACAACGAUCAAGAGCAAUGCGUGAUAUGGAUUCUCAAGCUUUUGGUCGAAAAAUGCGCUCUACCAUUACAGGGGCAGGGCCCUUCUUGAAACGAUGUUUUUGCACGUUGCAGUUACAUAAAUCUGAAAAUAAAACAAAACAUUUUGGUAAUGCAUCUGUUUCUACAGCAACUGAAAAAGUAAAACCAAAACAAAGACAAAGCCCUCACUCCAACAGUGUAGAAAAAUCGACUCACACAAAAAAACAAAAAUCUAUGAAAGACUGUUUGUGUAAAAAAGAUGAGUCAGCAAACCAAGGUACUGCAACACCCGUAUUCCAUUAUAAAUUAGAACCAUAUGAAUGUGAGCCUGGAGUUUGCGUUCCCGGUGAAUGUGACCCUUACGAAUGUGAAAAAAGAAUUAAAAGAAGGCUGUGGUCAAAGCAGUCUGGUACUGAACCUUAUAGAACCCGCUCAGUAUCUAGUGCUGUAGGUAGAAGAGCGGAAUAUAGGCCAGGACAAACACAGGCCAGUUCUUACACUCCACAUCAAAGAGCUCCAAGGACUCGUCAUGAUGAUGAAUAUUUUCGUGAUGAAAACCGAGUCAUAUAUAAUUCUAGUCCCAAUCGAAAAGCUGUGCGCAUUUCCUCCAGUUUCAGUUUUAGUGUUGAGUUUUACAAGGAUACAUCUCCAAAGUUUCCAUCUAUAAGUGAUGCUAAUAUAAUAUAUAUGCGUAAAAUGAAAGGAACAGAGACACGAUCAACAAGAACUCGAAGUAUGGCCUCCUAUUAUGAAAGAUUCGGGCCCCGGCAUUGUCAGUCACAAACAGAUUGCAUUAAAUCGCACUGUAAAGCAUCUUGUACACCUUCACCGAGAAGGUGUUUUUGUACAUUGAAACUUCAAAAGAUGGGUAAAGACCAACAAUAUAUCUCGUAUGAGCCGUACACAUAUUUGACAGGCACACACACUCAAACAAAAAAUCUAAUGGAAAUUAUACCAGUAGCUCGUGAAAUUGGCACUAAAACAAAAAAAUACAGACAUAUUCUAGAACCAUAUGAAUGCGAACCAGGUGUAUGUGUGCCUGGUCUAUGUGACCCUUAUGAAUGUGUAAAACGAAUAAUGCGCAGAAAUUUUAAGCAUUUUGGAACAGGAACUGAUGGCUUCUCAACGAGGUCAAUCUCCAGCUUUACACCAAGAUUUGUAAGAGACAAUGCUAUGUCUCAAUCGUGUGACGAUAAAUGUGAUAAAAGAAUAACACCAUCAACAGAAACCGUUUACAAAAUAAGAAGACCAUAUCAGACUGAAGUUGCAGAAGAUCAUGAUCGUCAAGCCUUAUGUUUAGGUUCUAAUUUUAGUUUCAAUAUGGAAUUUUUCAAAGAUACAACAGUCAAGUCAGGAGAAUACGAUUACGAAUACGAGACACAAAGACGAUACAAAAUAUAUAAUAAUAAUCCAGAUAAAUAUAAGUCUAGGGUAUGUGCUUCUACAUGUGAUGGAAUAAAAUCUAGAAAUCGGGGUACAUACGGCAGAGGCUAUGUUGAUCACAGAACAUCUCAGGCAGGUGUGGAUACUGAAUCAAGAGGUUCCGGCGUGGGGCCAUUAUUAAAGCGCUGUUUUUGUACCCUGACGCUUCAGAGAGCAGAAGUAACAACUAAAUUCAAUUCACCAGCAACAAUGUCUAACAAGAAAACUUCAACUAAAAAGAAAUUCACUCCGGUUCCAGCGCCAACAUAUUACUUAGAACCUGAUGAAUGUGAACCAGGCGUAUGCGUGCCUGGUGAAUGUAAUCCGUAUGAGUGUCUAGAGAGAAUCAAAAGAAGAGGCAUUAGACGUUAUUCCCGCACGACUGGCACGCGUAUAAGACGACCACAAGUUUCUGUUUCAAACAUGACUCAAUGUAUUCCGGGAUACACGUGUAAAAAAAUACAAUGCAAAGAAGAACCUUGUACCCCUAAAAAAAUUGAAAGAAUCAUUGAAGAACCUCGUUUUCCGUUUUUACAUAGAGGUAUGAAACAAGGUGUAAGAAUCUCUUCACGAUUUAAUAUUAACAUUGAAUUUUACAAAGAACCUCUGUGUCCUAUCAUAACAGAAGAACCAAUUUGUCCAAAGAAGGCGAUUUGUCGUACAAAAGAUAGAUGUAUUGAGUGCAAUAGAGAAUGGAAAACAACGAAAACAGGUAGCUAUGGUACCAAAAAAUGUUUACAUGACUGCGAGGCACAAUGUGCACUUGUCCAAACAGCGGACAAAUGUUCGGCUGUCGCUAUGUUAAGAAGAUGUUUUUGUACAGCAAAAUUACAAAGGUCGCAUUUGGCGCGAACAUAUCACCCGCAAUCGUAUACUGUUGGUAGAAUGGAACAAAUAAGUCCGACUCCACUUUUUGGGCCCAGAGAAUAUUGGGUUCAAUAUCAAACACCCAAUAAUAUUAAAAAAUCAUUUAAAACUAAGGGUUAUACUCUCGAGACAAUAAUGUCGCCCCGGAAAUCUCGCAACAAUAAAAGAUGUUGCAUUGGUCACGAAUGCACGUUUCGUCGAGUUCAAAGUCCAAUGGACAGAACUUUGAAAUCAGAAGGUUUUAGAAAAGAUUCAGAAGUCAAGCCAUCUAAUUUCAAGAAAAUAUUAUUCAGUUGUAAGCAUUUAUUUAGGAAGCGCUCCAAUCAAAUUUGUUUUAAUAAUUCCGACAAAAAAGAACCUGACCAGCCAGAAGUUAAGAAAAAACCGAUUAAUAGGCAACCAUGGAUAGAUAUUUUGAAACCAUCAAAAAGUGAGCGACGUCCAAAAACAACAGGAAUCCCAACCAUAAAGAAAUCUAAAAGUCUAAAAGUUACCAAAGAAGGUCAAUUAAAUAUCCACAAGAAUUUUUUUUCGCGAUUCCAAUCUGGAGACGCUGACCAAGAAAACAACAACAGAAUACAAAAAACAACUGCAAGAAAUGUAAAACCCAAUUGUCCACAUUGUCAAGCCCAGGUUCAGCGUUUUAAUAAGACUUUAAAUAAGAAAGUUCGGUUCGCUUCCUUACUUAAUUAUAAAACUUCAAAAGCGCUCAUUCCCAUGGCUAUAAAACAGUCAAAUAAUUUAAAACCCAUUUCAUUUUUGUUCAAAAGCCGUACAUUUAAUGUAUGCUCAUGCUGCGGAGCUCUCAGAAAGACGAGAUUUCUCCCGCCGGUUUCACGGGGUGAAUUAUUGAAUAACAAGUCAUACGAAAACGUAACCAUAAGAAAAUCAGACAUAACUAAAGGGAUAACGCCAGUGCCAGCUAAAAUUGAAACAUUCAAAGAGAAAACGGGGCCCCCUAAAGGAACCAGGAAAAGACCUAAACAACCUUGUCCUUGUUGCGUGUGUAAAAAACAGAAGACAAGUAAUAAUAGGAAUAGAAACCAUAUUGGUAACAAAAAAGAUGCAUUUGCAAGAACAUGGGUAUGUGGAAGCGUAGUAUGUAAGAAAGAAGCUAUAAAAGAUGCCGAAUAUAAACACUUAGCAUCCAGAAGAAAUGAAAGGAAAACUCGUGACGGAGCACGAAUUUGUGCAUCUAAAUCUAAUAAAGAGGCGCAUGCAACCGAUUCAGGAUACGAGCGAUUUCGAUUGCAAAGAAAGAACCAGGCAAGACAAGAAAAAGAAGCGCAAAUGCGUAAACAACUUUACAAAGCAGAAGACACAGUAUUAAUGAGAAUGCGAAAUACGAAAGAUAAAUACAUGUAUAAAAAAAUACCCAAAUACAAAAACGCACCUGAUGCCUUACCUUUUACUGAAACAGUUCCAGACAUUGGUAAAUUGGGAAUAACAAGUGCAGGUGAUAAAUUACGUGGUGCACGCAGGGCAUUAGUUUUUGGCUCAAAACGAACAUACCGAAGUAUUCAAGCAUUUUUGCGAGACCCCAUGCGAGCAUGGAAAAAAAAUCAAGUUGCGGCAGGUACUCGUCCUAGAGUAGCAAGCCGUGAGUGUUUAAAUUUGAGGUGCCAAGUAAUGAAAUGUGUAAAAGGGGACAGAGAAAAGUUGGAAGAUCGCUCCGUGAAAAAAAUUGUUGUACAAGCUCAUGAGACAGAUCCAAUGAAAAGAGUUCAUACUAGAAAACAGCAUCCAGCCUGGCGGCGGAAGUUGGUCUUCGCCUAUGGAUGUAGUCGAUUCAUGCUUUCGCUGAGGAAACAACCUUGGUUGACCGCAUACUACAAACGCGCUUGGCUUUACACACAUAGUCACUCUGUUCUUGCAGUCUGGAGACGAUUUAUGGAUAUUUCAUUGUUUUUGUUGGCAGUUCCAGUGUUGUCUCCUUGUAUAUUUUGUGCACAAUUAAGUAGAGCGUUGAUGUAUUGCUUUUUAUGUAAGCGUUAGCUUGGUGUUUGGAAUAAAUUCCAUACUUCUCCCUUU